AGCGUACAGGAGUGUGUGGGUACUGUGUAAUUAGCUCCUCAGACCCCCGCGGAAUUUCCUUCUCUGAUCUUUUUUCUGUUUUGCAUUUUUUUUCUCUGCUUCCUUGAAUUUCUAGGCCAUCAUCUUCUUCACCCGCUUCUCCUCCAACCCAUUCUCUUCUUCUUCUUCUACACUCCCGCUUUCAAAUUUAACGACGCCAUACCUUUGCUGUCCCUGCUUUUCGCUUCUUAUUUUUUUCAAAUUAAUUCACCGUUCUAGCCCCCAGAAGGGGUUGAAUUGAACCUGGGUGAUUCUGAAAAGAACUAACUCCGAUUCCAUGAGGAAUUUUUGCUGGUCUAAACAAGUUCCGCUCAACCAGAAAAUUGGGAGACGGCUUUCUCUUGGCGAAUACAAGCGAGCAGUGUCGUGGUCCAAGUAUCUGGUCUCCCCUGGGGCUGCAAUAAAGGAAGAUGGAGAGGAGGAUUGGAGCGCCGACUUGUCCAGGUUGCUCAUUGGCGCUAAAUUUGCUAUUGGCAGUCAUAGUAGGAUCUAUAAAGGUGUAUACAAGAACACCGAAGUGGCAAUUAAGUUGGCAAGUCUGCCGGAGGAGGACGAAGACUUGGCUUCUUUGCUAGAGAGGCAGUUUAAUUCUGAGGUUGCCGUGCUCUUCCGAUUGCACCAUCCGAAUAUCCUGAAGCUUGUUGCCGCUUGCAAGAAACCUCCUGUUUUCUGCAUAAUUACUGAAUAUAUGCCAGGGGGGUCGCUGAGGAGGUACCUGCGGAACCAAAAUCCCUAUUCACUCCCACCCAAAAUUGUUCUGAAAUUAGCCCUCGACAUUGCACGGGGUAUGCAAUAUCUUCAUUCUCAGGGGAUACUUCAUAGGGAUCUCAAAUCAGAAAACCUUCUGCUGGGAGGAGAUAUGCGUGUAAAAGUUGCAGACUUUGGAAUCUCAUGCCAAGAAUCUGAGAGCUUUACUACUAAUGAAUUUACUGGAACUUAUCGUUGGAUGGCACCUGAAAUGUUGAGAGAUAAGAAUCAUACCAAGAAAGCAGAUGUCUACAGUUUUGGCAUAGUUCUAUGGGAGCUUUUAACAGCAUUGACGCCAUAUGAGAACAUGACACCAGAGCAGGCAGCAUUUGCGGCUUCCCAAAAGAAUGCAAGGCCACCAUUGCCACCUGAAUGUCCACUGGCGUUCAGUUGUCUGGUCACCAGAUGCUGGGCAGCCAAUCCACAUAAACGGCCGCACUUCGAUGAGAUAGUUUCCAUCUUGGAGGGCUAUUCAGAAUCCCUGAAGGAGGAUCCAGACUUCUUCUCUAAUUUCAUACCACCGCCUUCUAAUACUAAUAUCAUUAAGGAAUACUUACCAGAAUGCAUUUCUGGUCGUAAAUCAGCUUUGUGUAAUGCUUAAUCUCCUAAACGGCAAAUUUGUUCAGUGAAUAAGUACGAGCUGUCCAUAAUCCUUUCUUUUCUAAAUUUAUGGAGAUUCGUUUUUCCCCCUCCUGGUGCAAGAGAAGAAAAACAGCUGUAUCCUUCCUGGGUUAUCGAUGAGUUGAUGUGGCUAUGGCCAU